CAUAAGGUGUGCUGGAGUAGUUUCUUCUCCCUCCAGUAGGAGGCGUUGUAUUUGUUAAGAGUGUUAUGUUUAACCUUUACUAGCAUGAGAGUUAGAAAUGCAGCACAUGUUGAAGUAUGCUGACAGCAGAAUCCACUUCUGAUGUGAUCUACAUUCAUCCUUCUUUGUUGUCUUACAGAAAGCAUUGCUUUUUCACUCUGUCGGUAAUUGAAGGAUACGUCAAUAAAAGGACAUCACACCUGUCAAUUGUCGAGGAGUUUAUCUAUCUGCAUAGCUGUGUCUGAAUCAAACAGUGAGGGCAGAAUAGUGAAAAAGCACCUAUCUACACAACAACAAGUGGAUGUUACAUCAGCUUCAGCAUAUUAAACAAUGUCUGAAGAAGGGAGAAAAAGCGCAGCAUCCGUCUGCUCCUAGAAAUCGCAUCACUCCAAGAGCUCUAAAGGUUCAGUUAAAUCAUCUGCCAGUAUAGCCGCUCUCAAUGCUCGAGCUAAAGCUGAAGCAGCUCGUACAAGAGCAGAAUUUGCAAAAAUGGAAAUUGAAAUGAAAGUUAAGAAAGCGGAGCUUAAAGUAGAAGAGGUGCGCCUGGAUGCCACACUACAAGCACUAAAACAGCAGUGUGAUGCAGAAGCCGCACAAGCUGAGGCGUAUGUCUUUGAGAAAGCGGCCACUGAUCUCGAAGAAGAAUCUGCAUUGGGGUCCGCAAAGGUAGAUUCCACAGAACGUACUCGUGACUAUGUAAAACACCAAAUAAUCCUAAAGGCAGAUUCAAGUCCACUUAGCAACAUAGAGCACAAUGAUACUCUAGCAACAACUGUCCCAUACGAGCCACCAAAACAAGAACCAGGCCAGUCUACGGACACAGAGUAUGUCCAUCCACCCCCGGGUGCAAACAAAUGUAAAGAUGUUCCCCAGCUUUCCCAAAGCAUUCCUGUGCGGAAACUUUCAUUUGGAGCAUUACCGACACAUCAAAGUACGGGAUAUACUCCACAAGUUGGCAAUAUGACUGAUAUAGCCAGGUUCCUAGCACGACGUGAUUUGCUCACUGGCGGCCUCAGAAAGUUCAGUGAUAAGCCAGGCGAGUACUGGGGAUGGAAAUCUUCAUUUAACAAUGUAAUUGAUGAUUUGAACCUGUCUGCUAGCGAAGAAUUUGACUUGUUGAUCAAAUGGCUAGGAGCAGAGUCCGUUCAAUAUGCAAAACGUCUGAGAGCAGUGUAUAUUAACAGACCCUCAGAAGGAUUGGGCAAAGUAUGGGAAAGACUGGACGAGUGCUACGGCUCCCCUGAAGCCCUGGAGAAGGCACUACUCGACAGACUUGAGCGUUUUCCGAGAAUCUCGAACAAAGACCCAUACCUCUUGAGAGAACUUCAGGAUCUUCUCCUAGAGAUAGAGGCUGCAAAGGACGAAGGCUAUAUCCCAGGCCUACUGUAUCUUGACACCGCAAGGGGCAUUCAUCCUGUUGUGGAGAAGUUACCCUUUGGUUUGCAAGAAAAGUGGAUGACGUAUGGGUCUAAAUACAAGGAGGAGCAUUCUGUAUCGUUUCCACCAUUCUCAGCAUUUGUCGCCUUCAUUAGCAGGGAAUCAAAAAUGCGCAAUGACCCAAGCUUUAAGCAUUCAGUGCAACCCAGUCUUGUACCCACUAAAAUGAGGUUUCAGGACAAGCAGAGUAAGAGAGAAGCAAUCUCAGUCAUCCGGACCGAAGUGGUCAGUACCGAGCCAAAUCCAACUGCAGGAACAAACAUCCACGACCCAAAUAAAGAAUGCCCAAUCCACAAGAAACCUCACACGCUUAAAAAAUGCAGAGCUUUCAGAGAAAUGCCUUUGGAGGAGCGUAAGGCUUAUUUGAAGAGGAAUCUGAUAUGUUUCCGAUGUUGCGCAUCCACUAAUCAUCAGGCAAAAAUAUGUAAAGCCGAGACCCUUUGUGCAGAAUGUAACUCCAACUCACACAUUACUGCUCUUCAUCCUGGUCCUGCGCCUUGGGCAAACACCACAGAGCCUGCUUCCAACAACGGCGGGGAGUGCAAUAUAGUUUUACCUACGGCCACGUCUACAUGUACGCAAGUCUGUGGGAGUGAAGUUGAAAGUCACUCAUGUAGCAAGAUCAGUCCUGUAUUCAUUUAUCCACAGGGGUUCCCUGAGAAGAAACUCAAAACCUACGCUAUUUUGGAUGACCAAAGCAACAGGUCACUUGCCAGAUCUUCAAUCUUCGAUACGUUUGGCAUUACCAAAGGCUGCUUCCCGUACAAGCUGAGAACCUGUGCAGGCCUUGAGGAAGCUACGGGGAGGAGAGCAUAUAACUUCAUCGUUGAAUCUGUGGAUAGCAAGUCACGCCUAAAGCUCCAAACACUUAUCGAAUGUAACAUGCUGCCGGACAAUCGCAAUGAGAUUCCUAGACCUGAAGCUGCUCGUAACCAUUCUCACCUCCAAGACAUUGCAUCCGACAUUCCAGAUGUUGAUCCUGACGCUAAGAUCCUGCUUCUCAUUGGUAGGGAUGUUAUUCAAGCGCACAAGGUUCUUGACCAACGCAAUGGACCUCCAAAUGCACCCUUUGCUCAGAAGCUAGCUCUGGGAUGGGUGAUUAUUGGAAACAUUUGCUUGGGUGGAGCUCACAAACCUGUACAGGCCAGCGUUUUCAAGACAAACAUUUUGGACAAUGGCCGCCCAAGUCAUUUCCUUCCAUGCAAGAACUUCAUCCAAGUAAAGGAACGCAUCAUCCCACAAAGCCACAACAAGGUCAGUCUCCCAAAUCAUACCAAGUACACGUCCAUCGGAGAAACCGUGUUCCAACAAACAAGUUUGGAUGAUAGACCUGGUUACUCUCAAGAAGAAGUGGCCUUCCUGCAGAUAAUGAAUAUGGAAGUCUAUCAGGACAAUACAAAUAGUUGGGUUGCUCCGCUGCCUUUCGCUCACCUAGGCCACGCCUUUCUAACAACAAGCAGCAAGCUGUCCAGCGCCUAG